AUACAAAUUGCGCACAAAAAAAAAAGCCACCAUUAAUGGUUAUAAUUCUUAGUAGAUCAAAUAUGGGUCAGAAAAUCACAAAAAUGGACCAAGACCGAACCGGAGAGAAAGCUGAAGAAAAGGACCAGUCGCCGCCACCUUCUCAAAUGGACCAAGAUCGAACCGGAGAGAAGGUUGUGGAACAGAACCAGUCACAGCUACCUACUCUUCACCGUACCGACGCAGACGAUGAAGAUGAAAAUGUCAAACAGCUCGAUGAAUGCUCUUCUAUCUACCUUUCCUUGCAGGAUUGUCUUGUAAAUAAGGACAGAAAUUGGAAAGCUUGCCAAAAGGAAGUUCAGGCUUUGAGGUUAUGCAAUGAGAGGAGGAAUAAAGACAAAGCGAAGUGAGGAGGGUAAAGCAGAGGACAGAUGGAAUCUCAUAAUGAUUCAGAACGUUUUCUGUGGUUAUUGGCUUUACUGAACGGAAGGGAAAAUUAUCAUCUUUUGAAUUUUAUUUUUUAUUUUUUAUUGUUUUUAUUUUUAUUUUUUAACUGUUGAUUGGUACUCUUUUCUGAUUCUUUUGCAAAAUUGGAAUCCAUGUUAACGCAUACUUACCACUGAACUACCAAAUAUUGCUUUACUUAAAUAGAAAUGAAUUCAAAUAGGGAAAUCAAAUUCUUUUGUAUUGAGUCUUUGACAGAUUUGAUCAUAUCUACCGUGAUUUUGUUGCCA